AAUGUCUUUCUGCAUCAUGCAUAUCAACGCAUACCGACGACUUACCAGUCUCAACGAUUUCCCCCACCUCAGAUCGGCCUUCACUUGCUGAACACCACUUACACCGUCACAACUAAGCACUCUUCGACCACGAUGCAUAUCUUUGUCACCGGCGCCACCGGCGGUAUGGGCUCGAUCCUGAUCCCCAAGCUACUGAGUCUUGGACACACCGUCUCGGGCCUCGCUCGCUCUUCCGCAUCUGCAUCCAAGGUGACCUCGCUCGGGGCCAAAGCGGUGAUCGGAGACCUGAUCGACCUCGACACCAUCGCCAAGGCCGCCUCUGACGCCGACAUGGUCAUUCACAUGGGCUUUGACCAUGGGCAGGCGUUCUCGGGCGACUUUAUCGGCGCAUGCAAAAAGGACGUGUCUGUGAUAGAAGUCAUCGGACGGUCCCUCACUGCGGCAGGCGUUCAAGGCAAGACGCUCAUGUUCGCAUCUGGUACGCUCGGUCUAGAAGGCGACGACGAGCAUUCGAGCGCGCAUCGCAGCCCGCAUAUGCCGAGAUACGAGUCGACCGACGCCGCAUUCUCGUUCGUUCUCAAGGGGCUGCAUGUUGUUCAGCUGCGCUUGGCUCCCAUCACGUAUGGAUCCGUCAAGCCCCAUGACUUUAUCGCCAUGUGGGCCGGGGAGUCCAAGAAGGCAGGACACGUCUCCUAUACCGAACAGGGCGCCUGGGCGGCGUGCUCCUACGACGCGGCGGCUGACGGUAUCGUUGCCGCCAUCGGACGACUAGACGUCUUGGCCAACCCCAUCAGCUUACACUUGGUCCACGAGAGCGGGAUACCGUUCGAGGAGGUGGCAGACAAGUUGGCGACGAAACUCGAUGUCCCUACAAAGAAGAUUGACAGAGAGGAGCUGUCGCAGCUCGGUUUCCUGGGCAACCUGAUGGGACUCGCCAAGCCGGUCAAGGCGGAUUAUACGUACGAGGUGACGGGCUGGAGACCGCAAGAGGCGGGGUUGGUCGCACAGCUGGACAAGUGGACUUUCUAAGCUCGAUAAAGAGCAAUGUGCUGGUGUCUAAUUGACUGCACGGAUUGGUAGAAACCCUUGAUGCGAAACCGUCGAGAUGUAAAGACAGA